AUGACAUGUUCAACUCUGAUAAUCAAUGGACAGUCUUUCUUAGAAGCACAGUCAUUAGAGGCAACUAUUGCAUCAAAUAUCACAUAUAUUCCUCAAUCUGGUCAGUCUUUGGCUUAUAAUCUCCAAGCAAAAGCGGUAGAUUUCAUCCUCAAUUACCAAUGGAAUUUUCCAGCACAGUUACUUGAUAUGUUUCCAAAUAUUAAAGAUAUUUCUAACAACAGUGUCAUUCCCAUUGAGCCAAAAGAGGACAAAUUAUUAUGGAAUCACACAACUACAGGUGUUUUAUCUCUACAAGAUGCUUACUCUUUCAUUAGCAAAUCUUAUCAACAUCACCUUUGGUCCAAGUUCAUCUGGAAUCCUGCAAUUCCUCCUUCCAACUCAACUCUGAUGUGGAGGAUUAUUCAUAGGAAGAUGCCAACAGAUGAAAAUCUUGCUAUUAGAGUAAAACAACCCAUUGAUCUUACCUCAGCAAUAACCACUCUCAAUAUCAGCAAAAAAGGUUGGAAUCCUCAGUGUGCUUUGAUCAUCACUGCAGCAGUGAUGGUUGUUUUUAAGGCAAUAUGGUACUGCAGAAAUCAGAUUAGAUUCAAAGGUAAACAAGUCUCUCAAAAUGCCAUCAUCUCCUCCAUUAUUGCUUCUGUUGCCCUGACAGGAAAUUCCACCAAGCUUGCUACUGGAUCUUCCAUCUAUGAGUUCACGAUUCUAAAAGCCUUUAGUGUUCAAACUAAUCACCCCAAAGCUCCUCAAAUCAUAGAAGUUAUCUGGUGCCCUCCCUUUGGUCAAUGGCUGAAAUGCAACACGGAUGGAUCGGCAUUAGGUAGCCCUGGUUUAUCUGCUUGUGCUGGUAUUUAUAGGAAUAACAUAGGAGAUUGUGUAGGAUGCUUUGCUUCUCAUCUUGGUACUCAGAAUUCUUUCUUUGUUGAGCUUAUGGCUAUCAUUUUGGCCAUUUAA